AGAGUGCAAGGAGGAAAAGAACUGCAAUCUGUGCGGGGAGGCGGGCCACGUGUACAGGGCCUGCCCAAGACGAGGGGCCACCACCUACGCGCAGAUGGCCGGAGGCGGGCCACAAAAGGACGGCAAGGCACCGCAAACCGGCAAGGGAAUGGUGUCAGGAGGCAUGCAACAGGAAGGACAGGCCGGAGCAGAGCAGAUGACAGUUACCGGAGAGGUACAGCUGCCGAGCGAAGCUCCGACAGGACAGGAGGAGGAGGCGGAGAAAGGAAAGAAGGAGGCAGAGGAAUGGACCGUGGUGAAAAACAGGAAGAGGAAAACCCACCCGGUCACCAAGACCUCCCAGAAAAAGGGGAAAAGGCACCUGCAGGUGGAAGACACGGACAGCUCUUCGGAGAGUGAGGACGGAAGAAAGGAGGGUCGUCACCAAAAGAAGAGGCAGAGCGCUGCGAGGAGAAAGGAGAGCAGCAACUGCCAACCAAGGGACGACCCUCCUGAGGAAAUGGGAAACCACCACCCCCCACCAGGUGAAAGCCAGGAGGGCCCCACCGCCACACAGCUCCAGGUUACUGGGAGCAGUGACCCUCUGACAGCCCCGCUGUCAGAUAUAGAAACAGACAGCGUGGACCCAAAUGGGCCGAGUGAGGAACUGGACAGCUACCUCAGCCCAGCGAGGGUCCAGCAGUUUGCGUACUGCACGGGGAUGCAGACAGCUACCCCAGAGGGGCAGGACCAGCGACAAUCGGACAUGGGUAACCUUACAACCUGUUAAUAAAAUGGGGUUUAAAAUUGCAACUAUUAAUGUGCGCAGCAUAAAAUCUGCUGCGCGAUGUGUUUCAACACUGGCCUUCCUGGCCAACGUGAAAGCUGA